CAAGCCAAAUUAACACGGCUUAUUCAGCAAUUAACUACCGUAAUUAGUGAACUAAAAAAAGAAACUUAUUUAGAUGCGGUUUGUGGAGAUUUAGAAACCAGUUAUAAAUUAGUCCAAGAAUUAAGCG